UAACCCUAGAGGACAUUGGAAAAAUUGAAUGGGUUAAGGCGGCAUUUCAGAAAGCUCACAAGGUUACCAAAUUUAUUUAUAAUCACACAAGGGUUUUGGCUAUAAUGCGCUCUUUCACAGGUGGCAAGGAGCUAGUUCGACCAGGAGUGACAAGAUUUGCAACAUAUUUCCUUGCAUUACAAACAUUAUGUGAACAAAAAGGUAAUUUGAGGCGAAUGUUUGUUUCAGCUGAGUGGAUGGAGUCUAGUUUCACAACUCAAGCAAAUGGCAUAGCAGUGGCAGAGUAUAUGUAUUCUACCACAUUUUGGGAAUCUAUUGAACAAAUUGUAGAAUUUUCAGAGCCUUUAGUAAAAAUCUUGAGACUAGUGGAUGGAGAUAAACCCCCCAUGGGAUAUGUGUAUGAGGCCAUGGAUAGGGCCAAGGAGGUGAUAAAGAGUAAGCUGGAAAAUAACAGGGAUAAGUAUAUGCCGUUGUGGGACAUAAUUGAUAGGAGAUGGGAUGGACAAAUGCACACUCCUCUCCAUGCUGCAGGAUAUUUUCUCAAUCCUCUGUUAUUCUAUAAGACUGACUUCCUAGAAAUUGAUGCUGAGAUCAAACAAGGCUUCUUCAAGUGCAUGGAAAAAAUGUUUCCUGACUUGGAAAAAUUUGAUGCGGCUACGAUAGAGCUGGAAAUGUACAAGCAUGCUAAGGGCUUUCUCUCUUCUAGGGCUGCUAUACAAAGCAGAAAGACAAUUCAACCAGCUGCAUGGUGGGCUUCUUUUGGAGAUGAAAUACCAAAUUUAAGGUGGAUGGCGGUGCGUAUUUUGAGCCAACCAUGUAGCUCAUCAGCUUGUGAGCGUAAUUGGAGUGUGUUUGAACACAUACAUUCUAAGAAACGCAACCGCCUAUCACAACAACGGCUGAAUGACUUGGUAUUUGUUCAUCACAACCUCCGCUUGAAGAUAAGGAAAGCUCAAGGAACUAUUGAGGAAUGCUUGCCAAUUGACCUCGAUGAGAUAUAUCCAGAGUGCGAGUUGAUUGCUGCUGAUGAUGUUGAUGAUGAUGAUGAUGAUGUUGAUGAUGAUUAUGUUGUUGCUGAUCGUCCGCUUGUGUCUGAAGAUUUUGAUAUCAUGAGGCAAGCCAACUUUCGUCCUGAAUGGGUUGAAGGAAUUAGGACAGGCUCUUGCCCAGGAGCUUCAUCAUCAGGGCCUCCUGCCCUCUAGCAUGUCAUUGCCUACAUUUGAGAUUUUGGAAUUUUGUACUUAAUUUACAGGUUGACUUUGUUCAAAGUCACAAACUAUAUUGUAAUUGACAUUUUGACAUCUAUCACCAUCUAGAUAUUAUUUAUGGUGUAGUAUAUUUUGUGGAA